GAUAAUAAUCCCCCCAAAAAAGAAAAUAAAUAAAUAAAAAUAAAGGCCCCGUCUUCUUCUCCCAACUCCCUCAUGGCGCCCCCCGCCGCCGGCGAAACCCCACCCCCGGAGGCUGCGGAGAGCAGCGCCAACACCGAGGAGUCGCGGUUUCUCGCGGCCCUCUCCGAGCCAGAGCUCGAUCUCCUCAUCAGCCUGAAGAUGCUGGCCGUGAAGCGGGCGGUGACGGCCGGCCGCCCCCACCUCGCCGACGGGUUCGAUCUGCGCACGCUGCGUGCCCUCGGUGUUGUUUUGCUGGAAGAUUUGUUCAAAGCACGGUUAGAAGAAACCUCGGCCGACGCAUCCGUUCUUGAUAGACUCGCGCUGUCGAGGGGCUGUGUCGCGGAUGCCGGCGGCGGUAGUAGUAGUGAUUCUGAGGUGUUCAGGCGGCGCGGCAAAGAUGAGCCAGAGCCGAAUAGCGUCAAGAGAAAACAAAAGCAGAGGCGGGAUGGGCGCCAUGGAGAGACCGUGCAAAGCAAGAAGAAAAGAAAACUGAGUGAGAGGCGAUAACAUCGAGAGCAGAUUGCGACAAUCUUCCAACUGAUAGUGAUCUAGUGCAAACACCGCCCAGGGAUGUCAUUGAGUGACAACACUGAAGCUGCUGCUGCUGCUGCUGCUGUUAGUGGUGUAAAGUUUGCUUUUCUUGAUCUGAACUUAAAACUUGUUUUGGGAAUGCAACCAAGCGAGAAAGGAUGUCCAUGUAAAUCUUUGCGACUUAUUCCUGGGAGCUCGUAGCUCGCCCUACAUGUCGUGAACUGAUGAUCAUGCCUGCUGUCACUUUGAUGCUGUGCCAAUGUUAACAGCUGUGGCAACCAGGCCUAGUCUAACACAUCUUCGUUUCAGGACUC